AUGGCCCCUAAGGUUCUCGUCGUUCUCACCUCUGUCGACAAGACUGAGAAGUCUGGCAAGCCUAUCGGCUGGUACCUUCCCGAGCUCGCCCACCCCUACGAUGUCCUCAAGGAGGCCGGCGUCGAGAUGACCUUCGCCUCCCCCAAGGGCGGCGUCGCGCCCCUCGACCAGGCCUCGGUCGAGAUGUUCAGCAGCGACCCCUCCUCCAAGAACUUCCUCGAGAACCACAAGGAAAUCUGGGAGAACACCGAGCCGCUGUCCAAGUUCGUCGGCCGCGCCUCCGAGUUCGACGCCAUCUUCUACCCCGGCGGCCACGGCCCCAUGUACGACCUCGCCUUCGACGCCGACUCGCACAAGCUCAUCGCCGACUUCGUCGCCCAGAACAAGCCCGUCGCCUCCGUCUGCCACGGCCCCGCCGCCAUCGUCAACGCAAAGACCGCCGACGGCGAGUACCUCGUCAAGGGCAAGACCGUCACCGGCUUCUCCAACACCGAGGAGGACCAGUCCGGCUACACCGCCGAGAUGAACUUCUUGCUCGAGGAGCGCCUCAAGCAGAACGGCGGCAAGUACGUGCUCGCCGACGCCCCCUGGGGCGAGAAGGUCGUCACCGACGGCGUCGUCAUCACCGGCCAGAACCCUGCUUCUGCCCACGGCGUCGGCAAGGCCAUCGUCAAGGCUCUUGGCCUGUAA